UAUUGUAAUAAGGUAACAGUUUAUUCGUAUAUACUAAUAAUGUACAAUUUGUCUACAUAAUAUUUGCAUGAAUCAUAAUGUCAACUAAAUAUUACACUAAAUUUUACAUUAAAUAUUACAUUAAAAUUUCUUUCAACAUAAACAUGAUAUAAUCUGUAAUUUACAUCAUUUCUUUUAUUAUAUGUAAUAUUUAUACACCGGGAUAUCUUAAUUGCAAUUCCAAUUUUACAUAUACGAAAGACAUUAGACAUCAGUAUAGAACCGAUGAAAAAUGAAUCAUAUCAGUAAAAAAAAUGCUUAUAUGAAAUACUUAGAUGAAACAAGGGUGCUGUUUCUAUAACCUGCUAUCUACGAUUCCUAACUUUCUUUUCUAUUGCCAAUCUCGUUUAAUGAGAUUAGCUUUAAUUCUUAUUAAAACGAAUGCAUUCUUUCGAACCCUCGAUUAAUUUUCCUUAUGGAUACUAUGUUAACAUGUAUGUUACAAAAUCAUAUACAUUUUUCGUUCCACUUUCUAUUCUUAAUGUCGUUUUUAACAGCAAUUAAACAUUAUCAGAACAAAACAUAUAUUCACAAUUUUUUCAUGUUCCGAUCUUAACCUUAUUUACUCUGAAUUUAACGAUGCACCGGCACCAUAAUAUUACCACCAUAUAACAUCGCAUAAUAUUCGCACCAUAUUUAACAUGGUCAGUAAUUGCUAACUUUAAAAAUGUUAUCACAAAAAUGUCGUAUAUGAAUCUUAAAAAUCAAAAAUGAAUUGGUAGUUCACAGGAAUGACAACGUGAUAAAAUCAUACGGAAUAUCAUCGCAAUUGACCAUUGAAAUUGUUUAAACGAAAAUUUCUUUUCGCCUCUGAUACUUCAUCAACGAACGAAUCUUAUUUAAUCAAAUAUGAAAAUUAAUUUAUAGACGAUGCUAAACAAUUAUUAAAGACUUCAUCCUAUUCAUCACUCGGUCGAUUUGCAGGAAUUAUCUUCCAAUUUUAUUUUGAAACUGUUUUUUUUAUUUUCAUUGUUUCUAAUCGCCAAAUAUACUUUAGAUUAUUGUUCGCAUUAGUAACAUCGUUCGAUUUAUGAUUGUUCAGGUUGGUACGCAGCAUAAAUCGUUCCGGCCCUUUUCUUUGCUAAAUCUGUUGCUUUUUUAGCAGCAUCCUUUACUUUUUCCGCUUUUCCUUGUAACGAAUGUUGAAAGUCUUCCGCGAGACUAGUUUUUAUUCCUUCAUCAAUUAGAUGAGCAAAACCCAUUUGAGAAAGUGGUGGAUUCAUAUAUUGUGCUGUGUGUGGAAACAUGUGUGCUAGGACAUAAUUGAACCCAUUAUACAUCAAAGUACAAUUCUUUUUAAAUCUAUCCAAUCCAAAUGCUUGAAUAGCUCUACUAAAUCCAAAUACUUGACUGUCAAUCCAAGCUGAUCUUUUUGCAAUUGUCCAAUUAGGAUUUUCUUCACAUACUGGUAACAGACAAGAAUAAAUUACCAUAACUUUAGUGUAACCUAAAUUUCUUGUGUAUGUUGUCAAAGUUUUUGUUUUGGGAUCCACUGUACUCUCUUCAAUAAUUUUUACAACGUUUUUACUAAUAAAUCUCUCUCCCCACUUUGGUACUCUGUUAGUUUUUGUCAAAAGUCUUGUAGUAUGUAACAUGCCAUUUUUAAUCUUUCUUGAUACAGUAUCUUCCGUAAGAACAUGGGUACUAAUGGGAUUUGGAUAUCUCUGCCAAAAUGCAUGAGCUACUUGAUUCCAGUUAAACUGAAAAACUGUACUAUUUUCAUAGUACUUCAUCUUGUUGAUCAAUCUAGUUUAUAUUGUCUAAAGAAAAUUAUAUCCAAAAAAUAUCUUUGCAAAAUGCAAACUCAAUCAUAUGUCAAUAAUUUCUAAUUUUAAUUUGUAUCCUUUAAUAAUGAUAACAAAUUAUACUUCUUUCAUAUCAAACCAUAAGUUCACUGAGUCACGUAACUAGCAAAACACGACUUACUCCAUUGUCGAUAUUGUGUUCCUUAUCAUGUUUUAACAUGUUCACACACGUGCAAAUACACACUAUAUAUGCACCGUGAGUCAGUAUAGACAACUUAAAUUAAACGAACAAACAAACAAAUUGUUUGUUUAAUUUCAGAAGUAUGAAAUUUCUAUAGACGCACGCAUAUUUAAAGUAUAAAAUGUGGUAGGACCGUAACAAUUUGAAACACCAACGGAUUAACGAUUUCUAUUGUCAUGCUGUAAAAUUAAAAAUCAUUUGAUUACUAUUUUCAUGUUGUUUACAAACAACUAGGAGAUACGAGAUCAGGCCGAUCAUCAUUGAUUGUUUAAGAAACAAAAAGUUCAAAAAUGCCUAUAAAGACAAAGCAAAUAAAAGGGAUAUUAAUACCCAUAGAAGAACAAGUAAGUAAACUAAAAGAACUGAUAAAUACUAACCCUCUUACUGCACAUGAGCCUACGUCAAGAAAUUUGGCACUCUUCGAACACUUAAUAUGUUUGGGAGAAAAAUUUGAUGCUCUGUCAAAAGAAGAAAUUAAUGAUUAUGAAGAAAUGGAAUCGAAGAUCACUAGUAUCGUAAAAGAAUUUUGUACACUACAAUAUAUGGAUGAAUCUAUUGAAAGCAUAGACAAGCAAAUGGCAGAUCAGAUUUUGUCCACUGUAUUAGAUAAAUUUAAGUUAGCUCUUGAAACUCUAGAAAAAUUGGAAUGUUUGCCAUUGAAACAAAGAUUGACUGAUUGCUUAGAUUACAUCAAGGAAAUGGGUCAGGCCAAUGAAAUUGAACAUUUUCAGAAUAUUAAGGAAUUAGGUACUUCCAUUUUGGAAUUGCUUGGGCCAUUACAAAUAUAUAGAAAAAGCUUAGUGUGUCAAUCAUUAGCUGAAAAGAUUAUAUUGUACUUGUGUCAAUUGUGUGCGGCGUUUAAACUGUUAGUACAAUUAGUACAAGAGCAACACCGGCUAAACACAUCAAUCUAUAAUUGCAAGAAAUAUGUCUGUGAAAGACUCUGCUUUUGCUUGAAGAUGAUAAUAGAAAUAUUGGAUGUAUCAGAUUCAUUACCUGAGGAUGAAGCAUUUGAACAAGAAAAUCAUUUUGUUUAUAGGAUGGACUUGGUAUUGGAUAUUUUAUCAGAAAUGCAAAAUAAAUCACAACAAGAUCAAAUACUAGAAUGUAAAGAGUUAUGGUUUAGAAUAGAAGAUGUAUUUUCUUAUGCAAUGGCAAUUGCACAAGUCUGCAAGCCUUGUAAUUUUAAAGCAAUAACUGGAACUUGUCAAUCGAUUAUAUCAGAAUAUGAGAAUUUAAAAUUCCAAUUAACGUCCGAAUCGUCUGAUACAGCAUUAAAUAAUUUGUUCAUGAAUAGUUUGACUGAUGCACUUUAUCGAUUAGAACGAAAAAUUAAUGUGUCGGUAUUGAAUCUUGUUAUGGAAGUUUUCAGCGAUCCCUUUCAUGCUCUGAGAAAACUUGUUACGAUCUGCGGCAAUUCAUUAAGUGCUAAAAAACGAUCUAAAAAUGAUUUAUCCAAUGCUAUAGAAGAUUUUGAUCAAAUUAUAGACAAAUCCAUGCAAAUUGGAUUAUUUGCUAUCGCUUCUUGUAAAGAUAAAAAUCGGAUUAAUCAAAUACGAAAUUGUUUGGCAAGUCUUGAAUCUUUGGAAACCGAAUUAAUUUCUGCCAUUACCACAUUUUACCUACAUCCAGAGAGUAAAGAAAUGCGAGCAAAUGUAAAGCUGUUGACUGGACAAUGGCAAUUAGAAGUCAAUAAAUUGCAUGAUGCAAUUAAUUUGGUUAUGGAUUCGGGUGCUUAUUGUCAGGUAGUAUUAGACGAUCUUCAGGAUCGUAUUUCAGUAAUGUCAAAUUGUCUCGACAAUAGGAAACCAGUUACUCAAGCACAAGUACAAAGUGUUGUACUUCGAUCCUUGUCGCUCUCUCGACAAAUCACUAUCACCAUAAACGAUAUUGGGAGCGAUGUUGUUGAAAGACAAACAAUAAUGAUGAUUAGAGAAUUAAAAGCCGCAAUAUUCGAGGCCGAUGCUGCCUCGAAAAGUCUGUUAGUAGAGAAUGCUACAGAACCACAGCAAUUGCGAGUGAUAAAACGAUGUGAAUUAAUCUUAAAUGUAGUAAAACGAUUACAUCCCGCUUUAGUUACUAUUAUGAAUAAUACAACGUUGAUGAAUACAAGUUACGGAAAAAAUAGUAAGGGACAAGGUGAUUCUAUUCACGUAAGCAGUUGCAAAUCGCCUCUAUCUAUACAGACUGCGAAUAGUGUUUCUAGAAAACAAUUGAAUUUAUCCUGUUUGAUACCCUAUAUUAAAAAAGGACGCGAAAUGCGUACCGAACGUUCGGUUAUGUAUAAAACACCAAACAGAAAUGAUUCUCUUAAUCGAUUCUUAACAGACACUAAGUUAAAAUCACGCGAUUUAACUAGCAUCAGGCAACAUCUUUUUAGCAGAGAUAGUAUUAGUUCUCAUGAUGAUAUUUGUUUGUCUGAGGAGAGUAUAAAUUUAACAGGUAUUUUAGAGAGAUUUGUGUUUUCUUGUACAAAUUUAUCCGCAACUUCAUCGAAGUCUCAUCAUGUUGAGAAAACGCAACAUGAUACUGAAGAAUCAGAUAAAAAGUCUGUUAGACGUUUAACAGAGUCGUUAGUUGAAUGCAUCGAAACACAAUCGGAAAUUACAACUGGUAAAAUGGAUCAAUGUUCUACGAUUGGUGGAGGUGACGGACCGUCAAUUGUGGAUAUACCGAAAACUUAUGACGAUACUCAACGUUUGAGUAAAAGUACAGAGAUAACACAAGAACGAUUAUUUGGAGAUUAAAUAUUGCCAUUAUGAAUUAUGUUGGUAAAAAAGAAUAUCGAUCUUCAUUGAAUUUAGAUAUGUCAACUAAAAAACAUAAAGGUUCGCUAUUGAAAUACAGUGUCUUAAAGUGAUUCUAUUAAAAACAAUACUUUCAAAACAAUACUUUCAAAACAAGAAAAUGAGAAAGACAGAAAGAGAGAGAGAGAGAG